AUGAAUAGGCGCGGAGGCAACCGAGCCAAACGCACUACAGAGUCCAAAGGUUCGGGCACCGGUGGCCGCGGGGCGAGGGCCGCCGCCCGCAAGGAGGGGGACCCUGCCGCCACGGCCCCGGGGAAUGACGCGUCCCGUGGCAAGAGAGGAGAGGAGAAUUAUGGGUCGCUGAGGGCCCGCAGGGAUGCCGUAUCCGGAGACGAACCGAGCGUCUCCGCCGAGGAGGAGAGCGUCGCGGUGAGUGGUCGGGGCAUCGCCUCCAGUAUGCCCGCUGCCACGGUCACCCGAACCCCCCGGGUCGGCCCCACUAACUGUGGCCGGGGGGCCGGAACGACGGUUUUGUCUCCGUCGUCGGCCUCUGUGAGGGAAGAGAAACAGCCCGUGCAUGAUGUGUGCAAGUUACCCAAGAAACGGAAAUUUGAUCCAUCUGAACUGGAGGACAUGACUGAUGGGGUUCACACCCCCUCCACACAGCAAGGGGUUCACACUGCCACCACACAAGGGGUUCACACCCCCACCACACAAGGGGUUCACAUCAUCCCCACCACACAAGGGGUUCACACUGCUACCACACAAGGGGUUCACAUCACCACCACACAACAAGGGGUUCACAUCACCACUACCAGCACCGGAGUGGUGGUUCCCUCAUCUGUCAGAGGCAUCUGCGUGAGCACGGCCGUCUCCAGCCCGAUGGUGUGUGGGGUGACCGCUCCGGAUGCAGUGAGCAGAUCCAUGGCGUGCGUUGUAAAUAUGUCCGAAAGCAAGCCACAAGACCUGCGGGUGAACGCCGCACCUGGGAGUAGAGACGACGGCCAGGACAGACGGCCAUCGGGGGAGUCUCCGGUGACCGUGAAGAACGCGACGGCGGUGUUAACCGUACAGCGUAACACACACGGUCAAGGCAACAACCAGCUCAAACUGAUGCCUGCCACCACCACGGGCCUCCUCACUCACCCAGCGGCACUGGUCACCAUCCCUCACUUCCAGGGCUCACACACACAACUACAGAGACAAAAAAUACAACAACGACACAUACAACCCCACCAACAACAACAACAACCCCAUCAACAACCUCAUCAACAACAACCCCAUCAACAACAACAACAACCUCAUCAUCACCAACAGCCGCCUCAUCAUCAUCAUCAUCAUCAACAACAACAACA